AAUGAUCCUGGCAACCGCUAUGUGUCAUAAACACCUUAAACAUAGCCACGUCUGUUGCUUCAUCACUAUUGACAUUCAUGAUCAGAUUUGGAUGACAGAAAAUGAUUUAUUGAAUGCUGUUUUCAUUGAAUCAGGAAACAGAUUUAACUCAGAAAGUGAAGCUCUCGAUUUCAGAUGGGGCAGGCUCCUAGCAAUCAGGUGCCUCCUGCGGUGGGAGGCCAGCAAGAAGGCCGCCCUGGUGGUGAUACAAAAAAUGAUGAUGGAGUCACUUGGUGGUGUAAACUUCUCGCAAAAGUUAUUUGCGUUGUUUCAGGAAUAGCUGCAAUGUUCUUGGGCUUGUGGGCCUGUUUCACUAUAUCACCGACUUGCUUAGUGGCUGGAAUAUUUCUCAUGAUGUUUGGCUUUGCCAUCAUAGUUCUUGAAGCACCCUGUUGUUGCCAGUUCCUGGACUUUAUACAACCCAUCACGCGUUUUAGCGAGAGGAGAAGCUACUGGCAGAAGGCUGGUGCAUACGCCAUUCCACCUUUCGUGCCAUUUCUGCUGUGCCAUUCCCUAACCGUCAUCUUUGGAUGCGCUUUACUCUUGACUUCUGGUGUUGUAUAUGGAUUGCUUGCCCUUGGGAAAAAGGCUGACCGAGACACAAUGAUGACAAGAGCGAGAGGGGAAGAUGUGGAGAUGAAGGAAACUCUGAUCACCAGCGAAGUGGUACCUGUGUCAAUCCCAGAGGACCCUUGAUGUGUCUUUAGCCCCAUCACCUCCUAACUCGGUGUAUUGUGAUCUGAAUUGUGAAAGCUGUUUCAUCUUAAGUUAUCAUCCAUUUAGCCUUCCAUAAAAAGUUUGCUGUACCCAGCACAAUGACAGUUUUAUUGAUGAAGGAGACAUGACCUCUGUAACAUUCUGUUGUUUCCCUUUGUAAUUUUUUUUUUCUGAUUGUGUUGAGAGUGUGAACUGUCUCUGGAACUUUCUCACCCUCUUUUUACAUCAUCAGUACAAAGUUACAAUGUCAUGUUUCUAGAGAAUUUGGUUUAUUCUGAUUAUGACAUGUCUUUCAAGUUCUUUUUGGCACAUUGUCCUCCCGGAGACUUUCUAGUUGAGUGAUUUUUCUAGGGCUCUGCAUUUUCAAACCUUACCAUUCGUGGACUACUGAUACAUCUCAACAAUUUUUAAGUACUGUUUUGAUAUUCAAGGCAUGUUUUGUUAAAAAAUCUUUGAGCUAACUUGUCUGUCAUUAGAUGCUGCUGUGGAUGCUUUCAAUACCUUGUGGGAAGGAUUUGCACUCAAAUUUUUUACUUAUAAUUUGUAUAGGUCUAGUCUUAGAAUUUUACUGGAUAGCUUUCAUUUUUUUGUUGUAUUUUAAAGAAUCCAAUAUCAUCACACUGACUGGAAGUGUGAAGCCAUUUUUUUUCAUUUUGAUAUUUUGCAAACUGAAUAUUCAGUUGGGUUGUGAUUACUUCUUGCUCUCUUAUUUCCCUAACAUUGUGUAAGCAAACUUCAUAUUUGACCUAAUGUUAUUGUUGUUGGACCAAUAGAGAGAGGAGUAGUGAAGAACUAGUAUUGGCUGUGAAAUGACAGUUGUUCUUUGAAAGAAGUACUGCGCAAAAAUCUGUUUGUCAUAUAAGUAUCAGAUUUGCUUGUCUUAAAAUGUUAUAAAGCAAUAGUAGAAAACAAUUCAUGUACAUAUAUGCUGUCGUCAUAUUUGUCUUUGCUACUGGGUAAAAAUAGUACUGGCCUUUUUGCACCCAUUCUCACUUCAUACCUCAACAUUUCUGUUAUCAUUUUAUUGUGAUUCACUGUGCUGUGAUUGUGGCCCCCAUUUUUCAUCUAGCUGCCCCCACAUUUUCCCCUACUUCUUAAUUCUAAUUUGAUUUAGUUGUAAUUGUACCAGUAUUGCCUCCUAAUUUCCAGUGAUGGCUGAGCAUAAACUUUUUGUAUGUAAAAGUCUCUCAGCAUAACCAGGAAACAGGUGAUACAACAAACAAGAGAAAGACGUUUGCAUCUCCCCUCCAUACAUGAAGAUAACAGAGGCUGGAAAAGUCAAAGUAAAAUAUUCAAUGUCUAUUGGGAUUUUUUUCGUAAACAUCAUCGUGUGCCGCUUUAUCUUGAGUAAAGGCAUGCACAUAAAUAGUCUGGAUAUUUUAAAGAUUUUUCACACAAUUUAGAUCCCUGCACAGACUUCAAAAAGGUUUUCUUAACUGAUUCCAUCCAUGAGUUUUUCAGGCUCUGUACGGAAUUAUUUUUCCCCGUUCAGUUUUAGACCUGGGGUGCAUCGGUUUAUUGCAUUACUGUGAAGCUUUAAGCUACUCUAAUAUGUAUUGUCAUAUGCCAAACUGAUGGGAAUCAAAAAAGGAAUCUGUUUUUAUCAAUAACAAUGACCUAUAUUAUGUUUGUGUUGUAUUUUCCUUCAGACAAACUACGAGUGAGGAAUAAAAAUUGCACAACCCCUCUUUGAAAAUUUCGACUUACUGCAUUUUCUCAGCUCUACAAGUCCUAAUAGUCCAUAGGAAUCAACACAAAAUAUUAAUGAUAUCACCCAAGCACACAUUUAUGCAAGAUUUUCACAAAUUUAGUUGAACAUCUUUCACUGAAGGGCCUUUUUAUUAUACCAGGUUCAGUGUUGUUUACUCUUACAUAGCGAGAACAAAACAACGAUUUUUGCUAGAAUUUCGCUGAGUUUCGAUCGAUUUUGGCUCUCAGAGAUUGAGGGCAGGCUUGUUUACAGUUCUACUUCCUUUCAACAACUUGAAAAGUAGGAACUAUGUUAAAAAGUGCACAUUUGUUUCGGAUUUCGCUCGGAUUUCAUUGAGCCGCUAACAGCGGUCGAAUGGCGGCAGAGGAAAAACUCAGAGCCGUGAAUGGAUGGAAUCAGUUAAAGGAUUAUACUCUCCCAUGUUUCAUCCAUGAUUCUUUCUCCAAGAAUUCUGUUCACAAUCUUUUUAAUGCAGUAUACUGAUGGCUCGAGUUAGCGUAAAUGAAAAUUUAAAUUGUAUUUUUCUACUUUGGUGUUUUGUUCAAGGAUACCAGGUUAUCUUUUACUGAGAGAAAAUGAGGAGUCAUAUGAAUGGUACAAUAAGGUCUAGAAGCUAGAAGUUUUUGUUUGCAGCCUAUCAGUGCGACAGAAUUGAAGGAUCAUUAUUGCAGCUUGUGGUUUUUCAAUGUAUACUACAUUUUAAUUUACAAUUUUAAUACUACUUGGUGCUCAUGAUUGUUUAUUUGAAGUGAUAGUAUGAUCAUAUGCACUUUCUUCAUCACCAGAAGUGUUCAUCAUCCACACAGCAUUGGCUCAGAAAUCAUCUGUACUUUGAUGAUCUUGGUUUCAUGAUAUUGUGCAUUUAAAGAUUUGUAUUCUGACAUGAAGGAAUAAUUUUUGUCAUAUAGGCUAUAUCUAUUUUUUUUUUCUUUCUUCCUAUUGUGAUGUUAUGCUUUUGAAUAUUUAUUUAUUGUGGGUUUGUUUUUGUUUUUUUAUCAUGGUUCACUUACCUUCUUCUUGUGAAUCAUUUUGUCUUUUCAAAUAGAAGCUCUGAAUGGAUAGAACAGUUUUGUCUCAAGGGGUUGUUUCUUUCCUAAAUAUCUGAUAUAAACAUGUUUUCUGAAUUUAAAUUCUAAUAUAUAAACAUGAAGUAAAUAUGUUUGCUGAAUUUAAAUUCUGAUAUAAACAUGAUAUAAUCAUGUUUUCUGAAUUUGUUCAAUUGCUACAUCACCUAUGUUACAAUAGUGUGCUUUGUUUCAGCGCGAAAGACAAAACUGCUCUAAUUUUUGCCUCUCCUUAUUCCAUCAACCAAAUUUUCUGUCAUGUUUAUUCGAAGUUGUUUUCUAUUAAUUCAUCUAAUAGAGGGGCUUGCUGAUAAUUCUCCCAACACAAUCCAGGCCUCCUAGACUUGAAUUUUUCAAAGCCUAAGUUGGUUGGAGGGAUUUUAAAGUUUUUAGCACUAACCUGUUUGGAUAUUAAUUAGGAGUUCACUAUGUACUUGAAUUUGUUUCAAAAGAAAGGAGCUAUGUAAAAUAGAACUGUCACUUCAGUAAAAAUCAUUCGUUAUCUGUUUUAAAAAUUAGUGAUCUCAUAUCUUCUCACUUGUGACAUUUCUGGUUUCAUUUAUUUAUUAAAUGUAUUUUUUUUCUGUCAAAUUAUUUUGCAAAUGACUAUUUCUGCACCAGAUAGUAGACAAGCUCUCUGUGAUUUUAAAGAAGUCUCUCCACACAUUCCUAUAUAUUUAAGAUAAGAGAAGAUAAGAUAACAGAGACAUUGCUUGACUUAAGACAUACAGGUCGUUGUUGAUUGUGGAAAUUUGCUUGUCAGAUGCAGAUGUUAUAUUUUUGUAGUUCUGCUCAGAAUUAUUAGAAUUGGGUUGGAUUGCCUUUGUUUUGAUUUUAGGAUGCAUCAUUAGUUCAGCUGCUUCUUUGGACAAAUUUUUUUAUUUUUACUACACACCUUUGUAGUAUUGUUUCUGGACUUGUGAGAGCUCUAUUGCUUUCUACUGUCACAUGUUUUCAGUUACCAAAGUUGAUCCUCCCACUCUCUCCUGUAUUUGGUCUUGCUAGUUUGUGAUGUUCACUGAGAUCCUGGCUGUAUGAAACAAUGUGACCAAUCAAAUUAUUUAUAAAUCUACACUUUUCACUUGAAAUUUUUUUUUUUUUUGUGUGCACCUCUCCUCCUUGACAGACUUAAGCUUAGAUCCACCCUUUCAUUUUGUUUUAAUUGGCGCGCAUAGAUGCACAUUGAAAUGCAGAUUCAUCAUGCUGUAUUAUAUAUUUGUGAUGUUAAUUAAUUAGUGCUGUUAUGAUUCAGAUAAAAUGAAAGAACAUAUAUGUAUGUAUGUAUAGUAUAAGGUUUUAUGGCGCUCGCAACUGCUAAGGUCAUAUGAGCGCGCAAGAACAUAUAUAUGCCUAAACUAGUAGGCUUACUAUAACUAUGUCUAACAAAGUGAUGGUGACAAUUUGUAGUGUAUGUGUAAAUAACGUAUUGUGUCUGUGUAUUGUGAGCAUUUUUGCCUUGAUCCGAGUUUGAGUUUAGACAUACUCGAGGAUGGUACUUGUUUUUUUUUCUCUUCAUUUUCAUUUUCCUAAAGAGAGAUUUAGAGACCUCGCACUUUGCUUUUAUCGUGCACAUUCAUGGUCAAUACCAUGGCUUUUUGAAGUGCUGUUGUUAGUUAGUGCUUCGUUCUUAUUCAUGCUGAAAUCUUUCAUGUCUUGAAUAAGAAUGAGUGAUUACUUACUGCUUUAGUGACAUGCUCUGUUCAAGUAUUUGGCAUCUCUGGGUUUGUUUUUUAAAACCCCUUUCUGAGAUUUCUUUUAAACAAUAGUUUAUUAUGUCUCAUAAAAAAAUUAUCCUCUUUUUGUCAUCCAUUCGAGUUUGAGCAUCAUGAGCAAAAAGUGCGGCUUUGCAUGUACAAAAAGAAACAUAAAUGUGGACAUACUUCUGUCAGUGCGUACUUUUGUGUAUAGAGCAUUAUGUGAUGUGUCACCAAAGGAGACAAUUUACUGGUUUUUUAGUGAUUAGUACCACAUUCUAUAAAUCUGACGAAUGUCAGUCAUACACUAUUAUCAUUGGUAAUUAUGCCCAUACAUUCAUGUUGUAUCUAUUUUCAUAUUCAUUUUUUAAGCUGAUUGAUUAACCUUACACUACUGGUCUACUUUUAUCCUUCACCUCCCUCUGGCCCAGGUAAUAUUGGAGGCCUUAACUCCUUGGGCCCAACCACUUCCACUACUGACAGAGUGUGCAAUUUUUUGCAACAUUUGUAAAUCUCUAUUCGGCUUUUAUUUGAAGUUUUAGAAGUUAACAUAUGUAGAAAAUUUUACAAAGUCAAUUAGAUAUUAUGGUAAUAAAGACAAUUUUUCAGUCAAUUGGAUAUAUUAUGGUAAAAAAAAACCCAGCUGGGUUUUGAGGUGGUGUGUGAGGGUACUGGGGUUGUAAGGGUCAAGUAAAUUUUUUUUGGUAAAAGAUUAUAGUACUGGUAUGGGUUUUUUUUAUUAUUGCCUUUUCAAGGGUAAAUGGUACACUAGAUAAUAUGUAUGUAUAUUUAUAUUUUGAUUUUAUUAUGUGAAGGUACAGAGAUAGCAAAGUAGAUUGUUGGAGUAUACCAUUUACAGAUCAUACUUCUUUUCUUUCCCUCAAUCCCUUCUGUUCUUCUAUCUAGCUUUUUCCCUGCACUAAAUCACAUAGUCGUGAUUGCAUUGUCGUGCUUCUCUUCACUCGAACUAAGUGGUGGGGCAGACUGUUCAGUAGCGUGAAUUUUAGCUCAGUUAUGUCUGAGAAGUUGUUGUCUGAAACCACUUGCACACCUUAUUAAAAAAAUUUAUCUAUCAACUUUACCAGGUUCCAGCAAUAUUAGAAACUCAAUGGUAUAAACUGGUCUUUUUUCAUUUCAAAGUACUUUUGAAGCUAAAAUUUUUAUGUAAAGAGAUCUUUCCAUUUUGGAGGUUUUUUUUUUGUUGUCUUUGCUUCAUUUUUCUCUUGAUGGCUUUUUAGUGAUAGCCGGAGGUCCUGUUUCAAACAUACUGGUCGAAGUUUUCAAAGCAUGUUUUUAUUUACUGUAAUUUUUAGAAUAACAAUUUUUCCAAAAUGUUCACAUUUUUAUAAAGGUAGCCUACUCAAAGAAGUAAAAAUAGUUAAAUACAUUUGUAUUUUUAAAACUCACUGUACUAUAUUAUAUGCUUGUGUGUGACUUGAUUUUCCAAUGUCUAAUACAUGUGUAUGUUGCAGCUAAAGAGGAUCAACGUGUUAGACAUUUGGAUCCAAGACUGAGGUCACAUACUGCAUAAAACACAUUUAUUAAUUUGUUGUGUUAGACAUGUUACAGGUUUUCCUCUUCUGUUAAAGUUAACUGUUUUAUUUUGUUUUUUAAAUUAAUGUGUCACGAUGUGGUGGAAUCUGGUGCUCGUCAAUUUUUGGGCAUUUGGAAUUAUUGGUAUCAUUUAAAAAAAUUCUCAUUCGUAUUGCUUUUGGUGAAAAAAAAAUUACCUACUUAUCAUGAAUUUAAGUUGAGAUAUUUGUGAUUGAAGAGAUGGGGGUUACCUGGUGUCAGAAGUAAACUUAACGAGAAAAUGGUUGCCAAAGUUUGACAAAAUCCAAAGCUUGAGUGUCUGUGGAAACUGCAAUUUUCAUUAUUUUUUGCCUUUGUUCAAGGUUUUUCUGUAAAAACCCAUUGAGAAUGUGUGUUUUAAAUGAACGUAAAAGGUAUUGAGUAAAAAAAAAAAAAAAAAAUAAGAAGAAAAAAAAGCCCAAUGGCCAGAAAAAUGUCAGUUUCUUUGAUUUCAUGAUUUUGACGAGUGCCUGAUUUCACCACAGUGCCUCACAAAUGUGUUUCAGUUCCAUGACAAACUCCACCCAACUUACAUCUUUAGUUUAGUAUUUAGUUUGUCUCAAUUAAUUGCUGUGUUAAACAAUGCAGUAAAGGGCCUUCAUUCUUUAAAUUUGUAAAUCAAAAACGUAUGCUAUCAAUUUUCUGGGAAUAAUUCUGCUACACUGGUGCAAUAAUAUAAUUGAAGUACAGAGUCUUUCGUAUUCGUAAAUGAUGUAAAAGUAAAAAUGGGACAUAUGCAAAGAUUGCCUGUGCAGAAAUUUGGCUUGUAAAUGUGAACACAUGAACUUCUACAAAAUACAGUAAAGUGUAUACAAUUCAGAACACAAAGUAUAACCUAAAUUUUUAAAAUCUAGUGGUAACAUGUCUUGCUGAAGGACACCGACAUUAUCAUUAAUGAAACAUGGUCACACUGUCAUUGCAUGACUCAGUUCACGAGUUGGUGCACACUGAACAAAUUUGAUUACUGGAGCCAGGUGAUUUUUUGUUUGUUUCAGACAUGAAAUAGUAAAGUCCCAAGUAGGCCUACAUGAUCAUUUAUUCAGAUCGGGGUAAAAGUAAAUUUUAACCUCUCGUUCGUAAAGUAAGUGAAAAAAAGCGUCUUUUUGGUGUGACGUUGGGGUAGCCCAAAUGUGGCCCCUCUCAGAGUGGAGAACCAGGAUGUAUGUAGUAGGUCAAGUGAGUUCGGAGGGCUCAAGUUUAUUUUUAUGUGAUAGGCGCUUUACAGGCCUGCACGUGUAGUUGUAACACAGGGGAAGGUUGCUACAGCUGGCUGCACAUCUGUUAAAUUCAUUGAUUUGAAUGAAAUCAAAUGAAAAAGUAUUUUUUAAAGUAUGUUUUUGACUCGAACAUUGUCCAGUCAAUUCGGGAAAUACUGACCUAGCCUAGACAAUGAUAAUGAGUUCUUGUGGAUAUUUUAUAUAGAUCUAAUAUAUAAUUAGAUUUACAUUUUGCAACAUUCUAGCAUAUUAUAUUUGCAUGCAGACUGAGUGGGAUCAAUGUAUCAUGUGCAAUAAUAAAAUACAACAAGUUUGUUAAGCCUGAGAA